GAGGAACGUAUGUAGCAUUCGAGAUUGUUUUGGCCUCUCGUCCUUCACCAUGAUUAUCCCCAUUCGCUGCUUCACCUGUGGGAAGACUGUUGGGAACAAAUGGGAGGCGUAUUUAGGUCUUCUUCAAGCAGAGUAUACAGAAGGUGAUGCUUUUGACGCUCUGGGUUUGAAGAGAUACUGCUGUCGCAGGAUGCUUCUGGCUCACGUGAAUCUCAUUGAGAAGUUGUUGAAUUAUGCACCUCUGGAGAAGCGAGGAGCUUUAUGUGCAAUUGAAGAUGACAUUUAGCCUCUCCUCAUAUUUUCAAAGACUUAAUCCUAAUGGAAGAGAUACAGGUGUGGGGUUCAACCCGGA